CGGUGGCAUGGGAGCACAUUAGAGGUGUGCUUUUGUGACUUUUAUUUUUAUAAAUGCCAAGUACAAAGCUGCAUCAAUCUAAUUUGCGCGCUGGAAGAGUUGCGCUAAGCACGUCGGUCGGAAAAGAUCUUAGUCUCAAGAAAACCAGUGGAAACUCAAUAGAGACUAGUUAAUCCGCGUUUGGAGAUCGUAGUGUCGAGGUCGUGCUGGUAGGUUGCUGCGACAAGUGCCAUUUUGUAGUUUGCUGGUUAUAGAAGGAAUAAUCCCUGGAAGGACUUCGCUGCAAGUCGUGCUUGAUCUUACAAUGUGGUUGAAAAUAUUUAUCGGAUGUUGUGUGAUAGGAAGCAUAUUAGCGGAGAAGAAUGUUACCAAAGAGGUAACCGCCAAAGAGAAACGUCAAACCGAUCAUGAAACACGAACACUGCCUCUAGCAGCAAGCCGACGGCAGCAACAGCAGCCGCAACAUCAUCAGCCCGGUGGAUACUUUCCAGAUCCAGAGACUGCAGCCCACUUUUAUGCCCAGCAGUCCGGAGGUCAACUGGUCUUCAGGCCAUAUCAGCAGCAGAAAGGCGGCCAAGAGCAAGAUCUACCUCCGGAAUACAUCAGCUUGCUCCAACAAUUAGCCGAGCAGCAGAAACACGUAGCGCCUGGUAAGCACGCGAAACACCCAUCCUACGAUGCUCAAAACGCCCAAGCAGAGCAGUACUAUCAGCUCCAACAGUCACGUCAACAUCAACAGCAACAACAACAACAACAACACCAACAGCCGCCGCAACACCAGCAUCAGCAACCCCAGCCUCAUCAUCAUCAAUCACAACAGCAUAAUCAGAUUCAAUACAUCACGGAGGAAGAAUAUGCACAAAUUUUAAAACAAGCCCAAGCCCACAAUCACGCUGCUGCUCAGCAACAGUACUCACGGCCAGCCGGAAAGCAAGAAUUGACAAAGUACCGACCUUCAAUCCAGUUGCUGGAAACUGGUCAAGAGCAAGCGCAAGCUUAUUCUCAACCUGAUCCUGAGCAGUUCCGUGUCCAGUAUAAAAGCAUCCACUCAGCUGGAUCGGUUACGCCCGUACCGAAACCAAUAAGCUCCUUCUCGUUCGAAAAGGAACUGGCUAAAUUGGUUGAGUCCAACCGUCCACUAGCUUACCAUCCAGCAAAUGCUCCAUAUAGACAGAGCGAACGCGGACCUAACGAAAACCCUCGUUAUGCGGCGAACCCUCAACAGCAAGAGUACGCUUAUGCUCCAGCCAGCGAGCACGAACAUGCUCCAAAACAAUCGAUUAAGGCACAGUACAUUGCGCCUUUCGCUCAGGGUCCCAAGCUAACUGCAGCUCAUCUGCAAGUUGGACCCCACAAGUUUGCAGAAUCGCCCGCACAAAAGUAUCAAUUAAUUGCUCAAGAUCCACAAGUCAAGGCUCAUGUUCCCCAACAGUAUUUCACUGAAGUUUCUCCAAAGUACGCAGCUCAUGUAGCUGAAAAGCAACAGCCCGGGUCACCCUCGCCGAAGAUUCAAUAUUAUGUUCCUAAAGAAAAGAAUCUCCAGAUUUAUUAUACACAACAAGCGCAGGAGAAACAGCCAAUUGAACAACACACGUCACAGCAUCCUAUGAAAUUAGUGGAACCGCCUCAAUUGCAGCACGAAAAACCACACAAACAAAUCCAAACCCACCGGCCUAAGGCUCAGUAUACUGCCAGGGAUAAGCAAGCAGAACAAAGCCAACAAUCAGCUCACAAAUCUAAAGAAGCUGAUACUCCAUCACGAUCUGCCAUCUAUGUCUCCCAACAAACUGGGAUCUCUUCAGCACCGUCCUCUGGCCAACAACACACAAGUUCGGAAAAGCAACAUCACAAGAUACCUCCAAAAAUCGACCGACCAUUAACGCAGGAGGAAUUCCAAGCACUAGUGGAUGCUGGUUAUUCGGUAGUUCCGGUACCAGUUCCGGUUCCCGUGCCAGUGCCACAGUAUCAUCACGCGCAGCAGCAACAAGCGGCAACGCAAUCAGCUUCUUCAGCGCGACAUGGCCCAAUUGCCCAAGCCAGUCGUUACCACCAGCAUCAGGUAGCAGCCGAAAACAAUCCAAGUCAAGUCAUCACCUACUUACGUCCACUGCAUAUUGAUCCAUUUUCGGCCGGCAUCAGGGGUCCCAAUAAGGCUGCUCCUUGAGUUUGGUGAUAGCAAACUGUACAGCGUUUAGUGUUCUAGCAUAUAAGAAGCUUGAUGGUAGUAAACAGAUAUUUUGUCCAAACUAUUUGCCACGAAGCAAGAAUAAUUAUGAAACGAUUCGUAAUUUGUUGAGUCACGUUAGUGUUGUUAUACUUUAUUUAUAAAGUUUCCACUAUGCACAACAGUGUAAUUGGAAAACUGCAUUGGAUGAGUAAAUAUAUCGAAAACGAAACAUAA